AUGGCAUUGUGGGCUGCAAAGCUUAUUAUGUUUCUUUCUCUCUUUAGGGGCACACCUGGCUCAGCUGCUCUGGAUAGCUGUGUUUUCUUGGGGGAAGAGGAGAAAAACAGUCUAUACGAAGAUGGAGAUGUAGUUAUAGGGGGCUUAUUCCCUCUACACUACAGCCCUGAGUCUUCUCUUCCAACAUACAAAACCAAACCAGCCCCUACUAUGUAUAAGUUUUUCAGCUCCCGCACCUUGCGCUGGAUUCAGACCAUGACUUUUGCAAUCAAAGAGAUCAACCAGCGCAGUGACCUCCUGCCACAGCUCAAGCUGGGUUACCAUAUCCGUGACAGCUCUAAUGACAUACCUGUGGCUCUGAGAGCAUUGUUGUUGUUGGUGAAUGGCCAACCAGAUAGAGGCUCAGGAGCCGAGAGUGUUAAAAGAGACAAAAGUAUACAGAGAAACAUUAAUGGUUCUAGUUUAGGCUGUGCUGCUGUACACAGGACUGUGUCCCCAGUUAUCGUAGGAGAUGCUAGCUCUGGGACUUCUUUGGCUCUGCUAAGAAGCCUGGGUUCUUUCCAUAUCCCACUGGUGAGCUAUUUUGCAUCCUGCAGCUGUCUGAGUGACCAAAGGGAGUUCCCCACCUUCAUGCGCACAAUGCCAAGUGAUGCCUUCCAGAUCAGAGCCCUGGCCCGGCUGGUCAGCUAUUUUGGCUGGACCUGGGUGGGAGUCAUUGGCGUGGAAUCUGAUUAUGCUCGCUUUGCCAUCCAGCUCUUCCUACAAGAGUCAGUGCAGUAUGGUGUGUGUGCUGCCUACACUCAUUUCUAUCCUGUAGGCCGGAAUCAGCAGGCUCUAGAUAAUCUUCUGGAUGUUAUUCAGAUGGCAUCCUCAAAAGUCAUCAUUAAUUUUUCCAGUGAGUCAGACAUGCAGGGCAUUCUCAGAGAGAUCAGACGUCGGAAUAUAACUGGCCUGCAGUGGAUUGCCAGUGAGGCCUGGGCCACUGCCACAUUGCUCUGGGAAAAGUUUGAAGAUCUCCUGACUGGAACUCUAGGAUUUGCCAUCCAGAGAGCUGAUGUGAUUCCAGGGCUGGAGGAACAUCUCACCAGUGUCAGACCCUCAGAUAUUCAUAAAUCUGGUUUCUUGGCAGAAUUUUGGGAAGAGACAUUUAACUGUCAAUUGAAUGGGUCAGUGAACAGCCACUUCCACGGGGUCGGCAACUACCUUGACAGAUUGCCAUGUAAAGGGACAGAGAGUUUAGAUGAUGUUUACUCUCCUUAUUCUGAUGUGACACAGCUACGAGUGUCCUAUAACGUCUACAAAGCUGUGUAUCUGGUGGCCCAUGCCUUGCAAGAUAUGAGUGACUGCAAAGGUAGAAAAGGUCCUUUUUCUAAUGGCACCUGUGCAGAUCCAAAACAUUUUAAACCUUGGCAGCUCAUCCACUAUAUGAGGCGUGCUAAUUUUUCUGCACUGGGGGAGGAAGUCAACUUUGAUCAAAAUGGUGACCCCAUUGCUUAUUAUGAUCUUGUGAACUGGCAGAGGAGUCCUGAUGGCUCACUGCAUUUAGUCAAAGUAGGUUUCUAUGAUGCCUCAUCGCCUGCUGGAUACAGCCUGGUCAUAAAUGACUCAGUGAUUCAGUGGCCUGUCGGGAAGCAGGCUUCCCGGUCUGUAUGCAGUGAUAGCUGUCCUCCAGGUUCCCGUGUUGCCAGGAGAAAGGGGGAACCCAUCUGCUGUUUUGACUGUGUCCCCUGUGCUGAGGGAGAAGUUAGUAAUGAGACUGAUUCUUUAGAGUGCACCCGCUGCUCAGAGGACACAUGGCCCAAUAGAGCCAGAGACCUCUGCAUCCCAAAGACUAUUGAGUACCUGUCUUACCAUGAAUUAAUGGGUAUCAUGCUGUGUGUUGUAUCUGUACUCGGAGCUUGUAUUUCCCUCUCCAUCCUUGCCAUAUUCUUCACGUAUAAAGAUACACCACUGGUUCGGGCCAACAACAUGGAACUGAGCUUCCUUCUCUUGGUGUUCCUUGCCGUCUGUUUCCUUGUUGGUCUGUUGUUCAUUGGUGAGCCUUCAGACUGGCUUUGCCGUAUCAGGUAUCCAGCAUUUGGCAUCAGUUUUGCCCUCUGCAUUUCAUGCCUCCUGGCCAAGACAGCAGUGGUCCUAAUGGCUUUCAGGUCCACAUUGCCAGGAAGUAAUGUGAUGAAGUGGUUUGGACCCGAACAGCAGAGAGCCAGUAUACUUCUCGGAACAGCUGUACAGGUAAUAAUAUGUCUUAUCUGGCUGCUCACCAGCCCACCUCAUGCCAAUAACAACACAGAUUACCACAGUGCUACCAUCAUCAUGGAGUGUGUUACUGGUUCAGAAGUUUGCUUCUGGUGUGUUCUUGGAUACAUUGGCAUCCUGGCCUGCAUGUGCUUCCUAAUGGCUUUUCUGGCUCGAAAGCUCCCUGAUAAUUUUAAUGAGGCAAAGUUCAUUACCUUCAGCAUGCUGAUAUUCUUUGCAGUGUGGAUCACUUUUAUCCCAGUUUAUGUGAGCACAGCUGGAAAAUACACAGUGGCUGUCCAUAUUUUUGCAAUUUUAGCUUCAGCAUUUGGACUUCUUUUCUGCAUUUUUGCCCCAAAGUGCUAUAUCAUAAUUUUGAAACCAGAAAAAAACAGUAAGAAACACAUUAUGCAAAGGUGAAAAUGACAGUACAUGAUGUGCUGAUAAGGAAAUUACAUAUAUAAGACAAUCACUUUAAUGACAUACAGUAUAUGUGUGUUUUUCUUCAGAUUGUCAGAAUAUUCCAGCUGGAAAUACAAUAAAGCAAAAAAUUUUUUUUUUUUUUUUUUUUUUUUAAUCUAAUUUUAAAAGAGUUCCCUGUAAUGAUUCAACUCUUGAUGGUAUGUUACAACUAAAUAGAUAAAAUUGUACAUAUAAUUUGAUUUUAAAAUUUUAUCAUCCUUUUCAAAUAUCAUAUAUCCAGGUUGUUAUUGCAAGCAAUAUUGGACAAAGGGGAGCCUAUGUUAUCCAAUGUCUGUGUGUGUGUGUGUGUGUGUGUGUGUGUGUGUAUAUGUAUAUAUAUAUAUAUAUAUGUGUGUGUGUGUGUGUGUGUUUAUUAUUUAGAGUUUAAAAUGUAUUAUUUAUAGUUAAUGAUGCUGAUAAAAUAAUAAACAUUCAGAGACAGUGAUAAAGUUUUUAUUUAUUUAUUUAUUUAUUAUUAUUUUAAUUAUUGUCAUUAUGAUGAACGCAAUCCCUUGUCCUUUGAGGGUCAUGGGAGCUGGAACCAAUCUCAGCUGACAUUGGAUGAGAGACAGGGUACAUUCUAGACAUGUUGCCAGUCUAUCAGAGGGCCUACAGAUAGAGACAAACAACCAUUCACUCUCACAUUCACACCCAUGGUCAAUUUAGAGACACCA